AUGGGGGGAAAAAAAGGCUCCGGUUCCGGCGCGGGGGCUGCGGGUUCGGUCGGCUCAGUGGUGCGGCGGUUCCUGGUGGAGUACGGUAGCGGCACGCCGAGCCGCCUUAAAGUGCUGGACGCCUACCUGCUGUACGUGCUGCUUACCGGGGCGCUCCAGUUCGGCUACUGCCUCGGCGUCGGUACCUUCCCCUUCAACUCCUUCCUCAGCGGCUUCAUCUCUGCCGUCGGCAGCUUCAUCCUCGGCGUGUGCCUCCGGAUCCAGAUCAAUCCCCAGAAUAAAGGCGAGUUCCAAGGCAUUUCACCGGAGCGGGCGUUUGCCGAUUUCCUCUUUGCCAACACCAUCCUGCAUCUUGUCGUUAUCAAUUUUGUUGGCUGAGCUCUAGAAGAGACUGUGAGGUCUCGAAUUCCUCUAAUGCUCUGAUGCCAAAGCCUCACACUGGGAAGUGCUUUUCCCCAGCAGACUCUUAGCUACUUUCUUGGUGAGAGAAGGGGAAGCAGGGGUCAAGAUUUUUCCCACAGACUGUCCUAUGGAAGGGUCUUCUGCCUCAUUCCAGUUACUGUAAUCCUUUCCUUCAAUAAAGCCCUUCAUAAUA